AAUAAUUAGUAGCAUUGUGUGGACGAGUUGUGAGGUUGUCUAUCCGGCCCAAUUUGUCCGGCACACUUACAAGUGCAGACGCGUCCAGGAACGCAGACUUUGUUCGGGGUAUCGUAAUCGUUACAACGUUGAUUUCCUUUCGGUGGUCACGCUGCACCACCACGGGCCCUGUAGCUUUCUGAUACGGGAUACUGCACGCCGAUUGACGCGGGACACUCUCGUUCAACCGCAGAAUGGGACGAAGGCUGUUCUUGUUGUUUUUGUUCCUCGUCUUGGUCGGGGGAUGUUUCUGUGGUGUUGCAGGGACGCGUGUCAAUUGUCCGCAUGAUGAGCAGACCCUGCUUCGAUGGAGCGAUCCGUUGACAUGGACAAAUAAUGGAAAUAAAGUUCCUGCUGCAGAUACCGUUGCCGUAGUUGACCGACCCGUCCUCUUGGACACCAAUCUACCAACGCUAAAGGGAAUUCAUAUUAUCAGAGGAGGGAGGCUCGUCUUCAAGCCGGAGGUGGAGAUGAAGCUGAGAGUUGGCUUCAUCCGGAUUGAAGGAGAGAUGGUGGUCGGCUCACACGAGUGUCCGUAUGAAGGCCUUCUUAAUAUUACGUUGACUGGGAGAAGAGGGGACAUAGAUAUUUCAAGGUUGUCUGACUUCCAUGCUAAGGAUAUGGGCGAGAAGUAUAUUGGUGUGGAUGCAGGAGGUUCGCUGCAGAUCCAUGGCGUAAAGAGGCGCUCCUGGACCAAACUGAAUGCUACAGCCUAUCCGCAGGAUGCCAAGCAGAAGAAACAAGUUGUUUGGGACCAUCAGGCCAUGAAGACGGCAGGGCGACACCAGUAUGAGGACAGAGAUGGUAUCAAUGUCUACAUCUUCUCCCCUCAAGGCGAGGUGGUCACUUUUGAGAACUUCAGGACAAAUAAAUACGUCAAGAAGUUUGAGAGGCGCCUUCGUCCUAUUAGGAAAUUCUUCAAUUUCCUAAGAGACGUACAAGACAGCAAUUACGUGAUGAUAGCGGUUAGGCGACAACUGAUCCCGACUGGGGAGAGUAUGGAUGACAUGUCCCCAUACCAUGAUAUCUUCGAAGCUGUCGAGAGGUUGCUCGGAGGAAACCGACGAACUGAGCUAAGAAAGUUCCAGCCCGGAAGCAGUUACGUACUUUUUGCCAAGAAAGGCAAACCAACGAUGUCGAGCGAAAAGCUGGUUCAGCGACAACGAGGGGUGAGACUGGCGAAGACCGAUCCAGCCACCAGCCUUGACUUCAUAGUAUCGAUGGCCGACAACGGACGCAAGUGUGACUUCGUAGUUCUAAAGGAACGCAGCGGAGGACAGCAGUUGACGCUCACACACGAUGUGUCCUCAUGGCGUCCAGGUGAUCGUGUUGUUGUCUUCUCCACCGACUAUGAUUGGGAACAAGCGGAGGAAGCCAAACUGUUACAAUGCCGCCAUUGCAAGGGCAACCAGAUCUUAAUUGAUAAGCCUCUGAAAUACAUCCAUUGGGGUCAGAUUGAAGAUGGUGUCGAUGAGCGAGGGGAAGUUGCGCUACUCACACGAGAUAUCGUGAUACAGGGCGAUAUGCAACGUGAUUGUCCGAGGUCGAAUGGAAAUUGUGGAGAAUGUCCUGCGUCGAAUCCCUACUGCGGGAAGUACGAGUAUGAUACGUUUGGUGGCCACAUCAUUAUUCUGAAGGGAUUCAAGAACGUUACCAUAGAGGGUGCCGAACUUUAUCACAUGGGACAGCAGACUGAUCUUGGGCGUUAUCCGAUCCAUUUCCACAUGGCCGGCAACGUCUCCGGCAUAGCAAGUGUGGUGGGAAACUCCGUUCAUCAUACCUUCAGCCGCUGUGUUGUGGUGCACGCCAGCCAUCAUCUGUGGGUAGAAGACAACGUCUGCUACGACCAUCUCGGCCACGGGUAUUACAUAGAGGAUGGAGGGGAGAAGAAUACCGUCUUCAAAGGCAACCUUGGUGGAGGGACCAAGCCAUCCAACUUAACCUCCUCUGAUUCUACCCCAGGCACGUUUUGGAUUACAUCCCCGUUGUCUUCUCUACUGAAUAACGUCGCCGCUGGCGGAACGCGUGUUGGUUUCUGGUUCAUUUUCCCCAACCAACCGAUGGGACCUUCUCAAGAUCUCGGCCUCUUCAAAUGGCAAGAAGCGAAAGAGAAACCCCUGACUUUGUUCUGCAAUAACGUGGCUCACUCUUACGGAAGGGCCGGUUUGUUUCUGGGUAACAGCUUCACGAAUGACAGUCGUGUCACGGGCUGUACCAGUCAGUACGCUCCUAACAUCAACGGAACCAUCGCGCAAGUCAUUCUCCGACGAUUCACUGGUUAUAAGAAUGUUCAACAGAAUGCCUGGAUAGUUGGCGGGGCAGUGCGAAUGGACCGAGCUUCAAUGGCUGACAGUGCAAUCCAGGUCUUCUUCAAUGAUCGGGCCUUUGGUCGUCAAAAGCUGACGAACUCCAUUCUUGUUGGAGAGACCAGAAACAAAGGAUCAAUUCCAUCACGAAAAAGGCGGACCCUGGUGAAACACUACAAACGCGGGGUGACGUUUAACGGAAGGUUGGAUGUCAAUGGAGUUUGGUUCAAGAACUUCAAGGGUCGACAAUCUGGAGCCAUCAGUUUCCUCACCAGCAACAUCAAGAUAGGAGCGACGUUUAAUGACACGAAAUGGGGUUUUGCGGAAUCGUAUGGGCAAGCUGCACCUUUCAAGCGUGUGUAUGCUCCUUACAUCCCGAAGAAGUCAAAGGUCCGUACUGCCACCUUCGAGGACCUGGACGGAUCCGUCACUGGCGUUCCGCACACACAAGUCAUGAACCCCACCCAGUUUGUUGGGACAUCACACCAGUGUACAACAAGGAGAAGCUGGAACAUGGCCAUUUGCGCAAAACCUUCGGACUAUUCCGUAGUCUUCUUCAAAUUCCGCAACGGUUUUGCCACUGCGAUUCAGGAGUUGACCAGCAUAGAUAACAUGGAUCGGAGGCACCAGGGAGGGGGGAAAGAGGGAUCGUUUUUGGUCAAGAAGGAAGGCAUUUAUAUUAUUGAUUACUGGCAUUCGAGCAUUAGAGAGAAGCACUUGUACACUGAAAAAGGAUUGCUGGUGCAGGCGACCGGUUUGCGAAUAGGGGAUUCUAUCAGUAUUGGACUAUGCCUGCCUGCGGAUAUGAGUUUCACGUUCCCGUCAAGUAAACCGCGUAUGAACACUUGGGAAGAAUUCAAAAAUGAGACGAAAAGACCAGUUAUUUAUUUCAACGAUGUCCACAGAAUACUCUUUAUGAAGUUUUUCGGGCGUAAGGAGGGCGUGACGAAACGUGAAAUAUACAGGCAGGAAAAAGCAAGCAAACUACCACUCAAUGUUUUCACACCUAGAGGGGUAAGGGAAUUUACAGCAGACUGCAAGGCAGCCGCGAGGAUGUACGAAGAACCUGCUGACUCAACAAAGGAUAUGAUUGAUUCGCUGCCACCCCAGAUACCUACACUACCAAAAACGGACCAGUACCCUCCCAAGAAUUUUGGAGCGAGCGAAACCACCAAUCUCAACCUUAAUGAUAACCCAGAUUAUUGAGGGAAAGCCGAGGCAAUUCGGAAUGAACGGCAUGUUAUCAUUAUUACUUGAUACUUACAGUCAUGUACUUAUUGGGCAUGAAGAGACUGAACAUGACAAAGGAGUAUAUAUAUUAUAUAUUGGGACAGUGGGUACGUUUCAAGAAGCAGAGAAUUUUACGAUUCACCAGCAGUGCAUGGUAUUAGUUGAACGAGUCGUUUCAUUUGAUAAUAACGGUUUAUAUUUUUAUAUGUUUAGAGCUAUUGGACAAUCAUUUGUACAUUGCAUUUAAAUGUAUAUAUGCCUUUUCUCUCAUCUCUUUUCUCUGUGCUAUGUUCGUAAAGUGUCACAUCCCCAAAAACUUGAGACCCAGGAAUGAUACAUUAUUCUUGAUGCCGGAAAAGGGGAGUUGUUAAAGCAGGCAUUGUUGUAACAAUAAAAUGAUUUUGUAAACAUUGCUUUACAUU